CGUUCACUCUCUGUGAGCAGCGGCCGUGUGAGUGUGAAUGGCAGCAGAUUGUGGGUGUGAGAUUGCCUCAGACUCACUUUGUUGGUUUCUUGGUUUCAGUCUCUCAGUGGUUCCCAGGCGUCAUGGUUGACGGUGGAAUUCGCUUUGACUUUUCAGUCAAAGUCAAAUGUGCUUCCUAUGUGAGCCAUUCACAUGUUUUCAUCCUUGGUCUGCUCCUUGCUUACGACACUAUGUUUCCACAUGUUCAAACAUCUCCAGUGAACUGCAGCCCAAUGAACAUUUCUGCCAAAUAUGAGCACUGUGGGAUUCGCUCAGAUGGCGUCCGUGAUUUAGAUUGUUUCAGAAAAUACAAAUCACCCACAAACACCUGCGUGUGGAAACCUGGAAACCAUGCAUCAGAAAAGACCUCAUACACUCUCAUCAUACGACAACAAAUGAGAAAUUAUUGCAGAGCUCACAUCAACAUCACCGGCUUCUCUGAGGAGAUCAGAUUAUAUGAAAAAUACGACAUGACCGCAGAGGUGUUUGAAAACGGUGCGUCAACAAAUUGCUCAAAAGCAGUUUUCAGUGCUUCACCGAAGAACAUCUUGCGAUGUGGUCCUCCAUAUAAAGUGUCCUUCAGCCGCCACUCUGGAAGACUAGUUGUGAAUGUGAUCUGGCAGCAAGCGGACAAGAAGUUAAUCAAGUAUUACUCUGUGAGAUACAAAGUACUGGGCAGCCUGCUGUGGAGUGAGGCACCCGUACAGUCACAAAAUGGAGAGAAAUGUACAGUGGAGAACCUGAACUCCUCACUGGUCUACGCUGUACAGAUACAGUGUGUCAGGGAUGAGAAAUGCUCACAGUGCUUAUGGAGUGAGGCUCACACUGUCCCACCAGAACUGAAAACGCAGCCUGUCAUUGUCAACCUUGAAGACACUGACAUCGCGGACAGAAAAGGCAGCCGGCUGCUUACUUUAACUUGGAAGUUUUCGGACAAAGAGCUGCAUGAUGGCUACAACGUGACCGUGGGCAAAGCAUCAGGAGAGGCCCCACUGGAGCAGAUGAUCCCCACUCAGCCUGAGAUCAAAUUGAUUCUCUCUUAUUCAGCAUAUUAUCUCCAAAUCAGUGCUUUCAACAACGCUAGCACCUCCCCAACUGUGAGUCAGAUGAUUCCACCGCGAGGAAGCAGAUCCGGUAUGGCAGACGGCCAGCUGAACGUGACGGUUCACAGCAACACGUCUUUUACGAUCUACUGGGAGGACAAUCUGAUCAUAAAUUAUGUCUGCUACUCUGUAGAGUGGACGAACGAGGGACACAAAGCAGCGUACAUGUCAUUUUAUCAGAAUGAAAACAACUACCGGAACUUGUCUCCUUUACCAGAGCCUUUGGAGCCUUAUAAGAGAUACAGCAUCACUCUGCAUAAGCGACCAAACAAGGAAACCUGCAACAUGAAGCACAUCAACAACAGCGAGAGCACCUACGGGGGUACUCAGUUCUAUUUCAUGGAAGGAUCCCCCAUCAGCGCUCCUGCAGACAUCGACAGCUACAACGUGACGCUGAAUUCAGCGGCGCUCAAGUGGUCGUCCAUCCCAGAGGAGGACAUCAGAGGUUUCCUGCUGGGUUACCUAAUUCACUACACCGAGUACCACCACACGGGGACCAGCACAGAGAGAAAUGUUACGGUGGGUCCAGUGUUAAACAGCUAUGAACUUGCAGAACUGGAAAGUGGCACUAUGUACGAAGUGCGCGUAUCAGGUGUCACCCGGGCUGGAGAAGGAGUACGCAGCAAAGCAAGCGUCUUUACCACGAAGCAACAUCCAGGUUAUAUCAAACAGCUUUUUGGAUUUGUGAUACUUACAUUUGCGUCAGAUUUCAUCCUCAGUUAUUCAGUACUUUUAUAUCCUUUUUUUCUAUCCACAGGAAGUUCUAAUUUCAGAGGUGUCAUCGCAGUCUUGGCAGUUGCAGCCAGCGUUUUGAUAUUUGGAUUUCCGCUGUUAAAAAGAGCAAAAGUCAUUCUGUGGCCCAGCAUACCUAACCCCGGAAACAGCAAUGCAAUGCAGAAAAUAGAAAGGCCAUGUGAACUGGAACUACUGGAGUCCAUCAACACUCUGAGGGUGGAAGAAUGGGAUACCAACAGUCUUCAGAUCAUUGAGAAAGAAGACGCCAUCCCUGCUAGCACAUUAGCAUCAGAGCGACUGCUGCUCCACGCCUCAGAGGACGAGGGAGACUCAGCAGACAUGACUUGUGACUGGAUGCAGGGGGACGCAGAGGACGCAGAUGAGGACAUCCUAGCUGACACCACCUCAGAGACAUUCUCAGGCAUCCAACAGACAGAUCUCCAGACUUCUUCUUUUGCCUUUCCAAGCGGAUAUACGACAAUGGAAAUGUUUCAGCAGGUGAUGCCUGCAAAUACACCAGUUACUCCAGAGAGCAAACCAGAGGAGCCAAACUCGACUGUGGGGAAAUCCGGACUGGACUAUAUCAGGCAAUUUAGUAACAGCCCGGUUUUGGACAAUGAGGAUACGUUUAGAAAUACAGGAUCAUAAAGACUAACCAACUGAGUUCUCUAUGGCAGUCCUGAGGAGGACAAUGAGGGGCUGCUUUAGUGUUUGCUGCUUGUUGCAGGUCAACAGUGUGGACAUAUUUUGUCUUAAAUAGUCAAUAGCAAUACUACAGGAGCGUUUAGCUCUAUUGUUGAAAUGAACCACGUAGAAUAUCACAUUUACAGACAGCUGGCCCCUCUCCCUACCAUACAUACGUGUACAGCAUGAUGUAUGUGUACUGACUGACCAGGUACAUACAUCAUACAUUACUUGAUCUUUUCUCCACUCCUAAACCUGAAUACCUCAUGAUGAAAACACGAUUGAAAAUCUUGUCCAUUUGCAGGCCGUGACUGGUCCCUGAAUGACUUGAAUUUGACCCCGAGGGGGGACAUGAACUUAUGGGCCAAAAAAUGUGAGGGCAAGAAUCAUUUUUAACAGCGGACACUUUGACUUAUCACACUAGAAAGACAACAGAGGUUACUAAUGAUGAGCCAUCAUUAAUUUCUCUUUUUACACAUGCUAUUUCCUAUGGUAAUAUGUCAAAAUGUCUGGACCAACAGACCAACAUCACCAUCCCUGGAGCCAAACCACCAGUCUGGCUAAAGAAAUAAAGUACAGGUUAGCACUGGAGUCCACAGUCCAAACGACCCAAAUCAGGACAGCAAAAGCUGUAAUCAAAGUGGACAAUAUGCCAUUCAAUGUGAAUUUCCCCAGUGUGGGACUAAUAAAGGCCCAUCUUAUCUUUAACAAGUCAGUCAGUAAAUCAAAAAUGAAUGAAUGAACUGUUUAUUGAGUGUUUUUGAAAACAGAUCAAAUGCAACAUUAGACUCAAACUGAGGAGAAUCACAUAACACAUACAUCCAAGCUCUUGAGGAAACAGUGUUACCAAACCUUUACAUCAAGUCCCAAAUACAGACAAGAAGCACCCAAUCCGCCAGGAGCAAACCGUGAGUCGUUUUCUACAGUAUACAGCGUACACGGUGGAUAUAAAAAAUAAAGUUCUUCACAUACUGUCA